AUGGUCUGGACCAACGACGACAGAGGAUGGCUGCUCACGGGCUUGAGCGCAGUCGGUAUGUGCAGAGAAUGGAUUGUCUGCCAGGGAUCAAAGACUAAUUUGAUGUAUUGUAGCGUGCAUGUUUGGCGCUUCGGUCAUUUGCGUCGACAUAAUCAUUCGACAGUUUCCUGGAAAGCGGAGCUUCAGAAUACAGGACAGCGACAGAUUCAUGUCGGUAUCGCUAAGCCUGAGCUUCGGUGUCAUGGUAAGUGAUUGAAGCGAAUCAUCUGGCAAAAAGGCUAACAAGAAUGCAGCUCUUCUCGGCACUGUAUAGUAUGCUGCCAUCUUCGAAAAGCUCACUUGAGAAAGGCGGCUAUUCAUCGAGAGACUCGGCCUGGAUACUCAUCGGGUGCUUUAUUGGAGGUGUGAUGGGCAUUCAAAUCAUAUCCAGGGUCAUCCACAAAUACAUCCCACAUAACGUCGUCGAUUGUGAGCACUCCCACGAGCCGGACGAGGAAGCUGCCCAUAAGAAGAGCGACGACCACCACAACACGGCGGGGCAUGAUCUUCCUCAUGCUCAUGGGCAUGGUCAGACAAGGAUGCACGCACAAAGAAGCACUGAAAGUGCUCUUCCAGAUCCCACUUCACGGAAUGAGACAUUACAACGGAAGUCGUCGCUUCCACUCUUUGGCGGCAAAAGUAUGAGCUCCAAUACGCACAGCGAGACGAACGGUCACAUCACACCAACGAGACCGACGCUGCAAUCAUCGAUCACGGGAACAAUAUCAAAGCUCACAUCAGGCAAAGAUCCAUCUUGUGGCUGCGAUGGCCCUUGCUACGGCUACAGCGAUAUAUGCCAAACCAAGUGCUUCAAAACUGUCACACCUGGGGGCGUGAUCAAGAUGACAAAACCUUCUGCUGGGAUCCAAAGACCCUCGGCUGUGAAGAACCUCACUGCGUCCGAGUCAACGCCUCUAUUACAGCGCAUUGACGAUGAUUCUCUGACAAGACCGCACACACAUAGUGCGGCAGAACGCCACGCGCCACGGGAAGAAAGCUACGACCUCGAACAAGGUCCAUCAGAAGACAGCUCUACCACGGCGGUAGCGACACGAUCGCAUGAACAUCACGAUCACGACGACGACGACGACGAUGACGAACACGACGAACACGAUGAUCUCGAAGACUCUCAACACCACCACCACCACGUUCCCACCAACGCUUUCCUCUCCAUCGGCCUCCAAACUUCCAUCGCCAUCGCAUUACAUAAACUCCCCGAAGGCUUCAUCACCUACGCCACGAACCACGCCAACCCAGACCUGGGCUUCAGCGUCUUCUUCGCCCUCUUCAUCCACAACAUCACCGAGGGCUUCGCGAUGGCCCUCCCCCUCUACCUCGCCAUCAACAAUCGCGUCAAAGCCGUCACCAUCUCCUUCGCCCUCGGAGGACUCAGUCAGCCUCUCGGCGCCGGCGUGGCUGCGUUGUGGUUUCACUUUGGCAAACAAGGUGGUUGGGCCCCCAGCGAGGCUGGCAAUGGCAUCAUGUUUGCCAUCACGGCUGGUAUCAUGGCGAGCGUGGCGCUGCAGCUCUUCAGUGAAGCGUUGGAAUUGACGCAUUCCAAAGGUUUAUGUAUGGUGGGUGCGUUCUGCGGGAUGGCUAUUCUCGGGAUUAGCAGUGCUUUGACUGCUUGA